UUAGGAAUUUAAUUUAGUCUCGAUUUUUUCUACUAUCAUUCGUUGACAAAGAAAUCAAUUUUAAUUGUUUUGAAACAAAAAUAAUAAUAACAGAGAAAAAAAUGGGUAGACAUAGUAAAUCACAUGGUUCAUAUGAUGUUGAAUCCGGUAGAUCACCAAGUCCACAUCGUUCAAUUGAUUUUGGUUCAACAUUCAAUUCUAUUACCAUACGUAAUGCAUUUAUACGUAAAGUUUAUGGAAUAUUAGCAUUACAAUUUGCAUUUACAACAUUGAUUAUAUUUUUGGCUAGAAACAACAAAGAAAUUAAUCAAGUUUUCACUGGUCCAAGUGCCGGUGCACUUUAUAUUGGUUCAUUGGUAGCUUAUCUGGUCAUUUAUUUUACAUUGAUUUGUUGUGAAUCAUGUCGACGUACCGUACCGAAUAAUUAUGUUCUACUGAUGUUAUUCACAUUUUUUCUGGCAAUCGUAAUGGCCUUUAUUUGUUUACAAUAUGAUUUAGAAAGUUUAUUAUAUGCUGCCGGUAUAACAUUUAUUGUUUGUUUACUUGUUUCAUUAUUCAGUGCUUCAACAUCGUUUGAUUUUACAAGAUGGUCAUGUAUAAUGUUUAUCGUAUUAAUAAUAUUUUUUAUUGCCGGUAUUGCAAUGAUGUUUAUUCAUGAUCGUACGACUCAAAUUAUUUAUUCAGCAAUUGGUGUUGUUGUUUUUACCAUUUAUUUAGCUAUCGAUACACAAGCAAUAUUAGGUGGACGUGAAGUUGAAAUAUCACCCGAAGAAUAUGUUCUUGCCGUUAUACAUCUUUAUAUUAAUAUAAUCAAUCUAUUCCUUAUGAUAUUAAGAAUUAUUGCACUUACAAGACGUUAAUAUCUCUGUAUCAAGAUUGAUUAUUAAAAAAAAAAUUUAAAAUUUUCGUAACAACAUUUAUGAAUUAACCAAAAACAAAAUUAAAAAAAAA